GUCACCCUCGCGGCUGCUCUCGCGCCCUGCCCACCCCCUUUCCCUCCUCAGCCUGUGGAGGAGCCGUUAGAAAAUGGCCGCCGCGCCGAGCGGAGAGGAGAGACUGGAAGAAAAAACAGAAGAUUUAGAUCAGAAAGACAAACCACCUAAACUCAGGAAAGUUAGAAAGGAUAAGGACAAUGAUGGAGAGCUAUCGGAAGAAGCCCAUCCAUCAACACAGGAGUCAGAAGAACCCACUGAGGCACCGAAAGCUGAAGUACCUGAAAGUACAGAGGCUGCUGCACCUGCACCUGCUGUCCCUGAAGCUUCUGCCCUCCCUAAACAAAGACGGUCUGUUAUUAGAGAUAGAGGACCUAUGUAUGAUGAUCCUACUCUUCCUGAAGGCUGGACAAGAAAGCUCAAGCAGAGAAAGUCAGGGCGCUCGGCUGGAAAAUAUGAUGUUUAUUUGAUCAACCCAAGUGGAAAAGCUUUUCGGUCCAAAGUUGAGCUUAUAGCAUACUUCCAAAAAGUAGGCGACACAUCCCUCGACCCCAAUGAUUUUGAUUUCACUGUAACCGGAAGAGGAAGCCCCUCUCGAAGAGAACAGAGAGUGCCGAAAAAGCCCAAAGCUUCGAAACCCACCGGCACUGGCCGAGGAAGGGGAAGGCCAAAAGGAAGCGGGAAGGCAAAGCCAAUAGUCAAGCUAGAGGGUGUACAGGUUAAGAGAGUAGUUGAAAAGACUCCAGGAAAGCUUCUGGUCAAAAUGCCUUUAUCUGGAAAUAAAGAAGAAUCUGAUGCAACUACAUCAGAACAGGUUCUUGUCAUUAAGCGCCCAGGGCGGAAAAGAAAAUCAGAAAUUGACCCAUCGGCAGCUCCAAAAAAACGGGGCCGCAAGCCAGGCAGUGCCAGUGUUGCUGCUGCUGCUGCUGCGGCAGCAGCAGCAGCCGAAGCUGCAAAGAAAAAAGCAAUCAAAGAGUCUUCCGUUAAGCCCCUCCUAGAGACUGUAUUACCAAUAAAGAAACGUAAGACACGGGAAACUGUAAGCCUGGAGGUUAAAGACCCAGAGCCCCCGGAGAUUCCGUCUGCCGUCACCGAAAAGAGUGUAAAAGUACAGAAUCCUGCUAAAAGCCCAGAAAGCAAAAGUAAAGAAAGUAGCCCAAAAAGCAAAAGCACUCUGCCCAAAAAGGAGCAACAGCAUCACCACCAUCACCACCACCAUCACCACCACUCCGAAUCCAAGGCAUCCACAACUAGUCUGGAGCCAGAGACUUCAAAGGACAGUGUAAGUGCCCCGGAGCCACAGGACUUAAGUGUCAAAAUUUGCAAAGAGGACAAAGUACCCGAGAGCGAUGGUUGUACACAGGAGCCGCCUAAGACUCAGCCUGCAGAUAAGUGCAGAAACAGAGGGGAAGGUGAACGAAAAGACAUUGUUUCUUCAUCCAUACAACGGCCGAGCAGGGAGGAACCUGUUGACACCAGAACACCGGUGACCGAAAGAGUUAGCUGACUUUAAGAAGUUUAAAGAAGAAAAAAAAAAAACUGUUAAAUAAAGGCAGCUGUUGUCUCUUCUCCUUGUGGGUAGGGCUCUGACAACGCUUCCCUAUAAAUGAAGUAAAGAAAAAGUCUAUUUUUCCUCCUGUAGCUUGGAGUUUCGUAGCUUCAGGGUGGGAGUGAAUGUCAGUUGUGGAUCUUUUUAUUACCGACGAGCACAGUGAGUCAGGGGUGAAGACUUCUAACAGAGACAGAAGCCGCUUUGCACUUUUUUUUUUUAUAUUAAAUAGGCUCCUUUGAACAUGGCUUACUCUGCAUCAUACUACUGACCAAGGUGGGCUGUCUCCUUAACAUUUUAGGUAUGCCAACUUAAGCUUUGCUCCUGUUUAGCACACUCCAGUCCCCGUGCCAUCUGUAGGGACAUUCUUGUUGCAUCAAAUCAGAAUCUUGCAUAUUUUCUCUUUACCUGUGGUAAAUAUAAAAAGUAUGGGGUUUGAUUUAGUCCAGACCACAGUAUUGCCAAAUGAUUGUGUCCCAUGGACUGAGCCAGGGUAUACAAAAGCCUUUUAGCCUUUCAAAUAGGGUACCGCAUCUGCCAUUUAUACAUUAGAUCUUUACCCAAUGCUCUCUCCUCUCUUUAGUUUUUUUCAGUGGCAGCUGGCAUAUUUAAAGGCUAUGUAGAUAUUUUUGUUAUUCUUGUGACUUUAGUACAUGGUUAGUCCUAUACCUAAAGGGGGGGGGGGGAUUUGAUCUUAUUGUGUCAGCCCUUGAGUAUUUAAUUAAGACAAUACUGUUUGAAAGACUAUUUUUUAAAUAAAUUACCCCAGCUCCAAAAAAAAAUGUACUAUUGGUGAUUUGGUCUAUAAAAUGGUGGCAGUUUGGCAAUAAGUUAUUUACUGAGAAACGAAAGAGUGGCAGUGGAAGGGAUUUUAGGAGACCAAGGAUACUUGUAGUUUAAAGUGAACGUUUUUUGUUUGUCAUUUUAGUUGUGUAAAAAAAAACUGUCAGUAAUGUUUGUGGACAUACAUGUAGAAACUUGCAGAGCAGAAAUUAAUAACUUUUGAUGAAAUGUUAAUGUGGGGGAUGAUAUGGUAUGCACAAUAGACUUCCUAAUGAGUAAACUCAUUGGAGAACACUCAAAGCAGCCUCUUGAUAUUAUGAAAUGGCUGAUAAUAUGAAUCAGGGGAUUUCCCCAAACUUUAAUAGGUUUAGUAGGGUCCAAAAGUCUGAGAUUAGUAUCAAAGAACGGUGUUUAUUUCAUAAUUUAUAUGGAAAUAAGGUAGUUUCAUUUAACCUAAAUGAAAAUUUUCUAACAAGUUUACGUCAUUUUUCACUAAUGCAAAUCAACAGAAAUGUAUUAGUAUUUUCAGUACUGUCAGUGUGCAGUUGGUUCGGUAUAAAUCCAUUCCAUAACAUGUGAAUCUUCCCUACACCUGAACACUUAAGCCACAUUUGAUCAUAGGUCUUAUACUGUUGUGUGAUGUGGCUGUGUCCUUGGAUAAGCUCAACUUAAAUCCCAACUCAGCCAAAAAAAUUUACAAUUAAUGCCUGAUAUUACCUGAGAGGUUCUCGCUCCUCUCCACUAAAAAAACAUAAACCAUCCGUAAUUACAAUGUGUUUUUUUUUUUAAGUCAUUCAAUCUUCAACAGUGAUAUUUCUAGUACUUUAUUUGCACAUUUGUUCUGUUAUGAAAGAAUUUAUAUUGGAAACGGCGCUCCCAAUCAUUAGUUGACUGCAAGUUUACGAUGUAGAAUUGCAUUUUUUUUAUUUAUUUUUUGUUCAUCUGGAUUUGAAUAUCAUAUGAAUGUCUUCUUUUGCCUUGUAAUGAAGGUCAUUUGAUAUGCCAAUUUUUUUAGGUGCUCUGAUCACUUAAGAACUCCAUGAUCCGUGCUUUGGGUUUAUUUAAUAUGUAGAAUUAUCUCCAGCAUACAUUAUACUGCCCACUAAGGAACUAUGCGUGUCUAACUGCAGUCUGGCUCUGGAAAAUUUCCUCUGCACUUGAGAAAUUUGUCAAAACAUAAAAUGAUUCCUUCAUCUCCUUUUUGAUAAUGAUA